GGCUACCAGGAGCACAUCAGGCCCCCGGCAGCCGUCAGAGCCUUUUGACGGACCUGAACCUGAAACUACACCUGACCAACUCUUCCUCCUCCUCCUCCUCGAUCGGACUCCGUGGUCAUCCACCCGGAGGCGGGCCCCAGCCAUGCUGGACUGCUGGCCUCCGUCAGCUCGACAGCCAACCAGAGAAUGCCCAGGACCUCCAGCUAGCAGUAGCUAAUAUCCUGCAGCAGCUGGUCCACAGUGAGAGAAACCAGCAGAUACUGUGUGAAGCAGGUCUACAUAGCAACCCACUGCCAGCGCUGCAGCCAGGCCCUGGAGAGUUCCUUCGGCUGGGUAACCCUCUGAACUGUGGAGCCUGGGACAAGAAGCUCCUCAGACAGUACCGCGUCCACAAACCUUCCUCCCUUAGCUACGACGCAGAGAUGAGAAAUUCUAUGACCAUGUCGAUGGAGGGUUGCUUCGGUCCGGACAGCGUGUUCACGGCAGCCGGUGAGGACAACGGUCAGUACCGGAUCAGCCGUAGCCUGGUGCGCUCGGCCGAAGGUUCCACCGUGCCACUGACACGCGUCAAAUGCCUGGUUUCCAUGACAACGCCCCACGACAUCCGCCUCCACGGCUCAGCCGUCACGCCAGCCUUCGUGGAGUUCGACACCUCGCUGGAGGGCUUCGG